UUGUCAUUUCAAUCCUGUCCUAUAAGUUAUUCUCCAGGUCGAGAACUUUGGCGAGUUGUGGCUGAAUCCCUUAACAUCUCCCGUUUGGGACGAAAACGCUUUAUUGGUGAUGAUGACGAAAGAACUCCGCAUGUGGAUCUCCUAUACGGUGCUCAUGGAUGGGUUGAGCAUGUAGAUGAUCACGGGAUACGAUUCAUCUAUGACGCUUCAAAAAGAGUUUUCAAUAAUAAAAAGGUGCCAGAAAUGCAGCGAAUAUCUGAAUGGGAUUGUCAUGGUGAAACUAUUGUGGAUAUGUACGCUGGUGAGGUUUUUCCCAGUAAAUCUAAGAGAAGAACUGGAGAAAACGCAAAGAUCAGGAAAAAUUUCUGUUGUUUAGGUCUUGGCUACUACUCUCUCCGCUUCCUCGUCUGUUGCGGUGCUAAACAAGUGAUCUCAAUUGACUGGUCUGAUGAUAUGUGUGAAGCGCUGAAGAGAACAGCUGAGGCCAAUAAUGUUCAGGAUCGCAUGCUUAUAAUUGAAGGAGACAGCAGAAGAGUGACCCCAUGCUUUGUGGCGGAUCGAGUAUUUCUUGGAUUAGUGCCAUCCUGUCGAGCACAUUGGCUUACAGCUUGCAAAGCUUUGCGACCGGAA